CCACAUGCAAUAAAUGUGCACUAUUUGGAGCAGGUGGAUGAAAGAGGAAAUCAAGUCUAUACAACAGAAAAUGCCUGUUACGUCCAGAGGUGCCACUGAGCUGGGAGACAUCACUCCUCACAACAUAAAACAAUUGAAAAAACUCAAUGCUGUCGUCUUCCCGAUCACAUACACAGAUAAGUUCUACAAAGAUGUGCUGGAUUUGGGAGAGCUGGCAAAAUUAGCCUAUUUCAAUGACGUGGUGGUUGGAGCAGUGUGCUGUCGCGUGGAGACUGAAGGAGAUCAGAAGAAGAUCUACAUCAUGACUCUCGGAGUGCUGGCUCCCUAUAGACAGCUGGGAAUAGGUCGGCUAAUGCUUGAGCAUGUGAUACAGUUCGCUAUGGACAGUGGGAACAUCGACAACAUCUACUUACACGUACAGGUGAGCAAUGACGAUGCACUGGAAUUCUAUCAGAAGUUUGGAUUUCAAGUGGUUGACACGAAGGAGCAGUACUACAAACGUAUCGAUCCCCCUCACGCUUAUGUGCUCCAGAAGGACCUUAAAGGACCGUUAGGUUUACCCCUAGACUCUGCUGGCUUGUGAAUUACUCUUGUGUUUUUGUUCUGUCCUUAAAAGUACAUUGUACACAUUCCUUACAAUUAAUUAAUAUUUCUUGUCAUUCAUGAA